UAUAUAGAGAAAUAACAAUAAUAUUACAGAAACCCAAACUGUUAUUACCCCAAACCUUAAUUUUCUUUCUCUGCUAUCCACAACCGCCAUGACUUUUAGGCUAGAAGGACACGAGCAUCGUGUAUCCAUUGUUAGCUCUGGUGAUAGUUUGGAAUGUGAUGCUUGCGAUCGAUCGUCUGGUGAUGGGUUCUCUUGCAGUGAAUGCAAGUUUACUGUUCACCGGAAAUGUGCGUUUGUGUUCAUGACAGAAGAUAUAUUCCACCACCCUUCUCAUGAUGGGCAUUGUCUUAAACUUCUCACAACCGGAGCUCCUGUUCACACCGACUCAAAAUGCCAUCUCUGCGGUAAAAACACCAAACACCUUCUUUAUCAUUGCUAUGAUUGUAAAGUCAAUUUGGACAUUGAUUGCAUGAUUGAUGGCAUAUGUACCCUAGCCCGUCUGAGUAAGCCAUGGCAUCCCCAUCUUCUACUCAUGGUUGAUUUUAGCUCUGAUAUGUGGUGCGAUUUUUGUUAUGAGGGUGGCAAACAUGGCUAUUUCUGCCCUCGUUGCAGGUUGGUGAUUCAUGAGAGUUGUGUUUCCGUAUUUGACUCACCAGAGAUUAAUCAUCCUUCUCAUCUCAGUCACCCUCUUAAGCUUAUCACCAAUGGAGCUCCAGAUUACACGGAAGACCGAAGUUGUCAUAUAUGUGGAAAAGAAACUGGAAACUUACUUUAUCAUUGCGAUAUUUGUAAGUUCAACUUGGAUAUGGAAUGCGCGGUUGAAAAUCCCAUACCAGUCGCUCUUUCAGAUCUCAAGGUCCAUGAGCAUACACUCACACUCAUGCCAAGAUUGAUAUCCUUCAUUUGUGAUGCUUGUGGGACGAAAGGCGACCGUGCUCCUUACGUAUGUGUUCAAUGUGAUUUCAGGAUGUUCCAUCAAAAGUGUGCUCGUUUACCACGUGUCAUUCAUGUUAAUCACCAUGAUCACCGUGUUUCGUACAAGUAUCCUCUUGGUCCUGGAGAAUGGAGAUGUGGAGUUUGUUGGGAAGAGAUUGAUUGGUCAUAUGGGGCUUAUUCAUGCUCUCUUUGUCCUAAUUAUGCUAUUCAUUCACUGUGUGCAACAAGGAAAGAUGUAUGGGAUGGAAAAGAGCUUGAUGGAGUACCUGAAGAAGUUGAAGAUAUUGAGCCAUUUAAGAGGAAUGAUGACAACACGAUCACUCAUUUCGCUCAUGAACAUAACCUUAGCCUCCACAAUGACGAUGAAGAAAGCAGCUUAUGUGGAGCAUGUGUUCAUCCCAUCGGCUCUUACACAUUCUACAAGUGUUCAAAAUCAUAUUGCGGUUUUUUUCUCCAUGAAAGGUGUGCUAAUCUUGCUACAAAGAAACGACAUUUUCUUAGCCCACAGCCUCUGGAUCUUAGCCUCCAAUGGAUACCAUACGUCUUAGGGAGAUGUCGAGCUUGUCGUCAAAUGUUUAGCGAAGGAUUCAUCUACAAUUCAUAUAGGGAUAAGUUUGACUUAUUGUGCAGUUCGAUUACCGUGCCUUUUAUUCAUGGAAGUCAUGAUCAUCAUUUACUCUACUACAAACUACGAUAUGGUCAAGUGAAGACUUGUCAGAACUGCGGUAUUGAUGAAACAGAAGUACUUGGUUGUAGCAAAUGCAAUUAUUAUUUGGAUUUUUGUUGUGCCACUCUACCAAAAACGGUAAUGCUUCCCAGAUACGAUGAUCAUCCACUCACUCUUUGUUAUGGUGAUGAAAACGCAAGCGGCAAAUAUUGGUGUGAUAUUUGUGAAAGGGAAACAAAUCCAAAAACUUGGUUCUAUACUUGUAAAGAUUGCGGAGUCACGUUUCAUAUAUUGUGUGUAGUUGGAGAUAUCAGGUAUGCCAAACCAGGAGGAAAGAUUAACGGCGAUUAUGAAUUGCUGGCUAACAAUAGCUCUUCACGGCCGCUUUGCAGCACGUGUCAUUGUCGUUGCCCAGGUCCCUUCAUUCUUAAUAAGGAAAGAAACAACAUAUUCUUUUGUUCUUAUUAUUGUCUCGGGCUCAGCCGGGAGCAUGCGUACUCAUCAGUGGACGUGUGCCCUCCAUGGGCAAUUUGAACCCAAUACUUGAUGAGGUUGUAGCUGAUUUUGUUCAAGUUUCAUACCCAUGUAUUAGAUGUUCUUUUUAUGAAAUAAUUACUAGAAUAGAACACAAUUGUAUGUUUAUUCCUAUAAUA